AACAAACAGGAGAUUGCUGUUGUCCGUUCUGAUGACUUUCAGAGUUCUUCGGUUGAAGCUUUCCGAUUUAAAGCAGCUGUUUAGUUUCCUCUCAGAGACGAGCUGCUGGCUGACGGUCACCUGGAUCAGGUUCAGAGCAGAAACACACAGCAGGGAGAGGAAGAAGUGUUUUCACUGAUCAUUGACCUUCCUCUGAUGCUGUCCCUGCCUCACUCAGACUGACUGAAGAUGAGUGAGGACGGCUGUCCGUCCAUGAAGGGGGACGGGUCCACAGACAGGUCUCCAGACUGCAGUGAUGAACCCUCAGACACAAAAGAGAGCCAGAGGAGUCCUGUUCCUGUGGAGGAGCAGCCGUCCUGCUGUGCUUUGUGUCAGGACGUCCUGGAGGAUCCAGUCUCUACCAGCUGUGGACACUGGUUCUGCAGACAGUGCAUCACUUCCUACUGGGACCAGUCUGCUUCAUCAGGAGACUCCUCCUGUCCCCAGUGUGGAGACAGAUCCAGAACCAGAGCUGGACUGCAGACAGCCAGUCAGAGCAGCUCUGUACAAAUGAGUGGUGGUCUGCAGGAGGUUUUAGAUGAACAUAAGAUCAGUCUGAGGAGGAGAUGUGAACGUGUGACUGAAGGAAGUGAUGAAACAGGAAGUGGAACCCUCCUCAACAGGAUCUACACUGAGCUCUACAUCACAGAGGGACAGAGUGAAGAGGUUAAUACCCAACAUGAGGUGAGGCAGCUUGAGACAGCUUCCAAGAUGGAGAUCCUCCAUGACACUCCAAUCAAGUGCCAGGACAUCUUUAAAGCCUUACCUGGCCAACAGAGAGCCAUCAGAGUGGUUCUGACCAACGGCGUCGCUGGCGUUGGAAAAACCUUCUCAGUGCAGAAGUUCACUCUGGACUGGGCAGAGGGCUCGGAAAACCAAGAUGUCGUUCUGCUGGUUCUGCUCUCGUUCAGGGAGCUGAACUUGAUCAAAGAUGAGCGGCACAGUCUCCUCACGCUGCUCCAUGUUUUCCAUCCAACAUUACAGAAGGUCCCAGCAGAGAAGUUUGAAGAGUUCCAGGUUGUGUUCAUCUUUGACGGUCUGGAUGAGUGUCGACUUCCUCUGGACUUCCACAACACUAAAAUCCUGACUGAUGUUACAGAGUCCACCUCAGUGGAUGUGCUGCUGACAAACCUCAUCAGAGGGUACCUGCUUCCCUCUGCUCGCCUCUGGAUAACCACACGACCUGCAGCAGCCAAUCAGAUCCCUCCUGGGUGUGUUGACAUGGUGACAGAGGUCAGAGGGUUCACUGACCCACAGAAGGAGGAGUACUUCAGGAAGAGGUUCAGAGAUAAGGAGCAGGCCAGCAGAAUCAUCUCCCACAUCAAGACAUCACGAAGCCUCCACAUCAUGUGCCACAUCCCAGUCUUCUGCUGGAUCACUGCUACAGUUCUGGAGGAGGUGUUGAAGACCAGAGAGGGAGGAGAGCUGCCCAAGACCCUGACUGAGAUGUACAUCCACUUCCUGGUGGUUCAGUCCAGACUGAAGAAUGUAAAGUAUGAUGGAGGAGCUGAGACAGAUCCACACUGGAGUCCAGAGAGCAGGAAGAUGAUUGAGUCUCUGGGAAAACUGGCUUUUGAGCAGCUGCAGAAAGGAAACCUGAUCUUCUAUGAAUCAGACCUGACAGAGUGUGGCAUCGAUAUCAGAGCAGCCUCAGUGUACUCAGGAGUGUUCACACAGAUCUUUAAAGAGGAGAGAGGGCUGUACCAGGACAAGGUCUUCUGCUUCGUCCAUCUGAGCGUUCAGGAGUUUCUGGCUGCUCUUCAUGUCCAUCUGACCUUCAUCAACUCUGGUGUCAAUCUGCUGGCAGAAGAACAAUCAACCUCCCAGAAGUCUGAAACAAGAAAAGAUGAAUCUGCAGUGACACAGUUCUACCAGAAUGCUGUGGACAAGGCCUUACAGAGUCCAAAUGGACACCUGGACUUGUUCCUCCGCUUCCUCCUGGGACUUUCACUGCAGACCAAUCAGACCCUCUUACGAGGCCUGCUGAUACAGACAGAAAGUGGCUCAAAAAACAGUCACGUAACUGUUGAGUACAUGAAGAAGAAGAUUGAAGAGACUCCGCCUGCAGAAAAAAGCAUCAAUCUAUUUCAUUGUCUGAAUGAACUGAAGGAUUGUUCUCUAGUGGAUCAGAUCCAACGGUCCCUGAGUUCAGGAAGCCUCUCCAAAGAUAACCUCUCCCCUGCUCAGUGGUCAGCUCUGGUCUUCAUAUUGCUGUCAUCAGAAACAGAUCUGGAUGUGUUUGACCUGAAGAAAUAUUCUGCUUCAGAGGAAGCUCUUCUGAAGCUGCUGCCAGUGGUCAAAGCCUCCAAGAAAGCUCUACUGAGUGGCUGUAACCUCUCAGAAAGAAGCUGUGAAGAUCUGUCCUCAGUUCUUAGCUCCCAGUCCUCUAGUCUGAGAGAGCUGGACCUGAGUAACAAUGACCUGCGGGAUUCAGGAGUGAAGCUGCUGUCUGCAGGACUGGAGAGUCCACACUGUACACUGAAAACUCUCAGGCUUUCAGGCUGUCUGAUCACAGAGGAAGGCUGUGCCUCUCUGGCUUCAGCUCUGAGCUCCAACUCCUCCCAUCUGAGAGAGUUGGACCUGAGCUACAAUCAUCCUGGAGACUCAGGAGUGAAGCUGCUGUCUGCUGGACUGGAUGAUCCAUACUGGAGACUGGACACCCUAAGACUGGGUUACUGCCAUUUGUCAGAGAUCAGCUGUGCUUCUCUGGCCUCAGCUCUAAAGUCCAACCCCUCCCAUCUGAGAGAGCUGGACCUGAGUGACAACAAGCUGCAGGAUUCAGGAGUGAAGCUGCUGUCUGCUGGACUAGAGAGUCCGCACUGUAGACUGGAGACUCUGAGCUUCCUCAGUGUUGAAGGUUCACCUGUCACAUUGACUGGAGUCAAGAAGAUGAGAGAGUCACCAGGAUACUUAAGCUUUCUACAAGGUCACCGGUAUGAAGAAAGACCUCCAGUCUUCGGUAAUGAACCUGGACCAUCAGACUUAAAGGCGGAUGGCAAAGAAAACAGGGCUACAGGGGAUGAAGAGGAUCAGCUGCAUCCUGAUGAUCCAGAGAGGUUGAAGAAGCAGCAGCAGCUUCUGUGUGAAGAGGCACUGAAUACAAAUAAUUUGCUUAACUAUGCUGAGAUGACAUCAGGCAAACAGCAGCAUCUACCAGAGGAGAAGUUAAGAUUCACACCUGAACUGCUGACUGAGUCUGAAAAGACUUCAUACAGGUUCAGGUGUCCUGGUCCAGGUGUGUUCCAGUGUGCUUUGACUGGACUGAUGUUUGGUAUGACUCAGGAGGCGGAGCUGCUGUACCGGACUGUCCAAUGGGAUGAGAGCCUCCUCCAAUCAGCCGGCAAGACGGCUGCAGGGCUGCUGUUCAGUAUCAAGUGUCCUGAGGAGGCUGUCUGUCAGCUCCACCUGCCGCACUGUGAAACAAAGGACGCUCUGCUGCCUGACGGUCUGCUGUCUGUCGUCCACAUCACUGAUGAUGGAAUGAGCAUCCUCGAGCCGCUGGAGAUUACAGACACUCAUGUGGUUGUCAAAGUCCCUCACCUGUCUGCCUUUGGCCUGGUCUGGGACAUCGUUAAAAGGUUGUGGACAACAUCUGUUUGCGGCCAAGUUCUGCUGUUCCUCGGACCACCGAACCCAAGAACACAGAGGCAGAUCCUAAAUGUGCUUCUGCUACCGAGUAACAUCCAUCUGGAGGAGGUCAGCAAACAACAGCAGCCCUGUAAGAACAUAAAGACUGCUUCUAAAUGCAAACUCAUCAAAGAUGAAAGUUACACUCUUCUCUGUCCUCAGGCCAUCAAAAUUCAGCCUACGGAAGAAGAUUUUGACCUGGAAUUUGGACCAAAUUACCAUCCAACAUUUGAGAUCCGCCUGCCGACAAACACAGAAGAAGUGACUUUAACGGUCCGAGACCAGAGACAGACAGAGGUCUGGAAGCGUGAAGUUGAUCUAACAGAUUCAAGAAGGGAAACUUCACAGAGGAACAUCACAGCCAAGGAGAUGGUCCCAGUAGAGGAGAUGGUCCCAGUAGAGGAGAUGGUCCCAGUAGAGGAGAUGGUCCCAGUAGAGGACAGGGUUCCAGCAGAACAAAGGGUUCCAGCAACAGAGAGGCUGAACUCAGUUCGGACACAGUUUGUGAACAGAGUCUCUGAACCUGUUCUGAACCAGCUUCUGGAUAAACUCCUUGAGCAUCAUGUUAUAAACGAUGAAGAAAUGCAGUCAGUCAGAACAAAAGUCAGAGCAGAUAAAGCCCGAGACGUGAUUGACACAGUGCGAAGAAAGGGAACUGAAGCCAGUUCAGUCCUGAUCACUGCUCUCUGUGAGGUGGAUCUAUGCCUUUCUAGAGUGCUGAAUUUAAGAUGAAGCAAAUCAAAGACAAUGUGAUGAUGAACCUCUAUAACAGCUGUUUUAUAGUCACUUAUUGUUAUCUUUGAAUCAGAAGUUGUAUUGUGUUUUGUGUUAAGUGAACCUGAAUUACACUGCCUCAGUACACUGUAUGGACAUUGAGCAGGAAAACAAUUCAAUUAAGACGUGUCUUCAAACACUAACUAAAACAGACAGAUGCUUUUGUGAUCGGCAAUUAGUCUAAUUAAAAGUUUGAUCAAUGACCUUUUUAAGUCACAGAAAAGUAAACCAAGCAGAUCGUAUUGUUCUCAAUAAUGUGCACCUUUUGAGGUUGCCGCUACUUUUUAGCUUAUGUUAGAUAUGAUUUAGUACAUAUCUGUCUAAAUGUGAUAUGGUUCCAUGUAGGAUCUUUAAGCAAAAUAAAAAAAACAACUGAAGGUGAAAA